GAUUUGAGAGUUAGUUAUUUUUUUUUAAAUUUCACGUACUCAAAUAAAACGCACUAUUCAUCCAUAUUUAUUCAAAUCAAUUCAUUUGGACAAAUACUUACACUCAAACAGACACACACACACACACAUAUAUAUAUAUAUAGUCGUCAAACAACAAACCAACGUAACCAAUCAGUCGAUUUUCCAUCAUCAUGAUAUCCAUUCUAUUGUACAGCAUUCUAUUCAUUCUUCCAUUGAUCGUCAUUGCUUUGUUCGUCUUUAAUCGACGUAUCAACAGCCCUUUUUCAUCAUCAUCAUCAUCAUCAUCAACUACAUCACAAAUGGAUCUAAACACGAUGACAACGUUUCGUUCAUUAUUGUUGGGUGUUGUUAAUAAUAAAGCAUCAUUUCUACAGAAUGAAGAUGUUACUUGCUUCUAUCAUCACCAUAAUCAUCAUCAUCACAGUGGUGGUAAUGGCGUUGGUGACAACGAUGAAAAUUCAGACAAUACGACAUCAUCAUCUUCGGCCAAUAAACAGCAACGAAUGGCUAACAAUAAUAAAAAUGUUGAUGUUUCUCAAUUCAAGUCGAUCAAUAUUGACUAUUUAUCAGCUAGUAAUUUUUCCUUUCAUCCAUGUCAUUUGAACGUUAAUGUUGAUGAAUCAUCGAAAAAAUCCUUACUGGUCUUAUUUGCAUGGCUAUUCGCCAAAGAACGGCAUCUGGACAAAUAUCGUCGCCUUUACAUGGAACAAGGUUUUGAUGUAUUGACUAUUAAAGUGAAUGUAAAAGAUUUCAUCAUACCGGCGGUCGGAAGCCAAGUAAUUGCAUCGCAAGCAGUACAAUUUAUCAAAGAACAUGAACAAGAUUAUUUUUCACUUGUGUUUCAUGCAUUCUCGGUUGGUGCCUAUCAAAUGGGCGAAUUAUUAGUCAUGUUGAAUCAGGAGCACAAUAAAGAUGUGAAGAAUACAGCGAGAAAAUUGUUAAAAGGCAUGAUAUAUGAUUCAGCUGCUGAUAUCAACGAAGCUCCGAUCGGACUUUCGAAGGCAACAACAACAAAUCCAUUACUACAAUGGGCCAUAUGUUUGCUAUUGAGUGCACAUUUCCGUUUUUGUUAUAAUCUAGCUACACGCCAUUAUUUAGCAUCAUCGGAAGCAUUACACCAGAAUGAAUUCCAUUGUCCAUCAUUGGUAUUUUUAUCAAAAGAUGAUGUUGUCGUCAACUAUGUUGAUCAAUUUAAAACGGCGGAAAAAUGGCAAAAGAGAGGCAUCAGCGUAACGAUGAAAUGUUGGGAUCAUUCUCCUCAUGUUAGUCAUUUUUUCAAACAUCCCGAUGAAUAUCGAUCGUCGUUGAUUGAAUUUCUUAACAAAAAUGUCAUCGACCAUCAAUAACAACAACAAUAAUAAUGAUGAUGAUGAGGACAGCGA